AUGCCUUCCACCUUGAUCGUCGGUGCUACUCGUGGCCUUGGGAGGGAGUUGGCACUAUACUAUGCCGACAGCCUCUCCCAUCGCGUAUAUGCUACGUCUCGAUCAUCAGACGUUCCUACGGGUCUCGGCCAUAGCAACAUAAGCUGGAUACCGAACAUCGACUUGUCCAAGUCAAGCUGUGGCCAGGAUUUGGCCACGGCAUUGCGCGGCAAGACCGUCGACAGCUGUAUCAUAACUGCAGGGUAUUUCGCGACGGAGGACUUCGGCAAUGCCAAUUGGGACGAUGAGGUCAAGAUGUACACUCUCUCGUCGGUCGCACCAGUAUUUGUGGUUCAAGAACUGGUUAAAGCUUCAAUUUUGACUCAAGGCGGCAAAGUCGUCUUGGUCUCUUCAGAGUCAGGCUCCAUUACUCUGAGGCAUGAGCAGGAAGGUGGAGGCAAUUUCGGCCACCAUGGCUCUAAGGCAGCAUUGAACAUGGUGGCUAAACAGCUGUCCUUCGACUUGAAAGAUAGAGGAAUAGCUGUCGUUUCGGUGCACCCUAGCUUCAUGAGAACUGAGAUGACCAAGGGAGUUGGAUUCGAUCAGUUUUGGGACGCCGGUGGCGCUCUCGACCCCAAAGAUGCUGCGCGAUUAUUGGCAGACUGGGUUGAGAAAGACUUCUCUCUGGAACAGUCUGGUACAUAUUGGGCACCACGAGGCACCCGUGACAUUGGAAACUGGGACGCGGUGAUGGGCAAGUCGACGGCGAAGGAAGGCCCUGUCCAGCUGCCGUGGUGA